UGCAUCGGCGGCGGAGGUGCGCCGCUCACCCCGCCUCUCCGCUCGUCCCGCCCGCCGCGGCCGAUGACCGCCCCACCCGAGACCGCGGCCACUCGAAAAAACGGCGGCGAUGAGGAGGCCCGGCCCUUGGCGCAGACCCGCGCUCCCGAGCGGCGGCGGCGUCGGAUCCGACCGCCUCGCGGGGCCAGCCCUCCCAUCCGCGCCGCGCCGCGUCGCCGCCGGCAUGGAGGCCCGUGCUCGGGCAGCCUCCGCGGCGUCGUCGGCGUCGGUGCGGCGGCGGGGUCUUUGGGUACCGCGUGGCGGUGGACCGGCGCGGCUUCCGGUCGAGGGUUCCGGCGACGCCAAGCCGUAGAUCUGAGCCGCCGUCUGCACCUCGUUUCCUCCAUGUUUCGAUCUGGAUUAUAUAAACGAGAGAGAAAACUGGCUCCAGAAGUUCUUGUAACCCAGCUCAAGUGGUUUCAAGCAUUGCUUGGUGCAUCUAUAUGUAAGAAUUCACGGAUCGUGGAGUAUCAGGAUUCUAUCAACAAGAGAGAAGAGGCUCUAGAAGUUCCUGUAACCCAGCUCAAGUGGUUUCAAGCAUUGCUUGGUGCAUCUACAUGUAAGAAUUCAUGGAUCGUGGAGUAUCAAUUAGAGCUGGAUUUCAAUUCCUUCAUGAGCCCCCUGCAUAAAGACAAUCGAGACACUUGUGGGUAUUUUGAUCAUGUGCUUAUUUUAGUGGCCCUGUCCUUGGAUGGUCAUUUCUUACGAGUGAUAACCAGGGCAGUUUCACCAAGGUAAGAACAGAUUGAUCUGGUGAUGGAGACACCGGGGGAAGGAUCGUAUAAUCAUGCAAAGGCGAAUCUGAGGCCACUCAAAUGCAGAUCUUGUUAGAUGGAGGUCAGUAGGUAUCAGGAGAUUAGAAUAACCAAUAUCCUUUUCUGUUUAAUGCAAAAGUAUUGUUUGUAUUGCUAUUGUUUGAUCUUCCACAAGGUUCUGGUUCCUCCUAAAUGCAGGUUGGGCAUGUUGUUUGGUCAUUUGUUCUUUCCGUUCUCCUAGUUGUACUUCUUUACGGUUUGCAAUCAUUUUGCUGCUUUCAGGAGAUAGCAUAUUCUCGGUUGGUUCUUCAGUCAUCUAAUCCAUGAUCAUUUUGCUGCUCUCAGGGGAUAGCAUAAUCUUGGUUGGUUCAUCAUAUAUCAUAUGAUUUUGCGUGUAGACAUUACUAUUGAUUGAUGUUCCACAAGAUUCUGCUUCCCACCUUAUUUAAAUUUCUAUGGAUGACCACAAAUUCUUAUGGAUAAACAAUGCUUUCCUUUUCUGUUUAAUGCAAAAGUAUUGUUUGUAUUGCUAUUGUUUGAUCUUCCGCAAGGUUCUGGUUUCUCGUAAAUGCAGGUUGAGCAUGUUGUUUGGUCAUUUGUUCUUUUCGUUCUCCUAGUUGUACUUCUUUACGGUUUGCAAUCAUUUUGCUGCUUUCAGGAGAUAGCAUAUUCUCGGUUGGUUCUUCAUAUCUAAUCUAUGAUCAUUUUUCUGCUCUCAGGGGAUAGCAUAAUCUUGGUUGGUUCAUCAUAUAUCAUAUGAUUUUGUGUGUAGACAUUACUAUUGAUUGAUGUUCCGCAAGAUUCUGGUUUGGUCCCACCCGCCGUCGAGUCCUUGAAUGCUGGCAUGGCCGCCGCUGCUCUCGCCCCUUCUGUUUUUUUUAUUUCGCAACGAGUUGAACUUGGGGUUUGGUUCCACGCGUGGGGAACAUGGGUUAAACCCUGGUGGGGUGGAAGCCCAAUGGUCUGGGGCCGGGUUUGGAAGGCGUAUAAACCCGUUUGGGUCCAAUUGAAAGCGCAUAUAAGGUAGUCCGGGAUACAACCCUCAUUGGGGCUAAAACCAUGUGGUUCAGCCGGGUUUUGGUCGGAUCCAGGCGGGGUUGAAAUUAAACAAACAAGGCCUUAAUGCGUAGGAUUCAACAAUGCGAGGAAUCGAGCUGUGGCACAGCCAAAACCUUUAUAAGAGCCUCUUCAGCAGCUGCCCUAUUUUAGGGAACGAAAAGUUUGAGUAAAAAAAUUUGGGCACGAGAAUGCGUUUUUUUGGGCACGAACAAGCACCGUCUCCAACAGCGGCCCUAAAAUUGGGCACAAAAGAUCCAAAAUUGAAACUACCGUCGUUUCUGAACCUUCAACUGUCGAAACUGAACUUGGUCGCUGCACUUGCCCGCUACACUGAACUUGGCCACUUCACUAGAGCUGACCCAACAGCGCAGCCGGCCUCAAUCGAGUAGCAGCAGCCUGGCUGGCCGGCUGGCUUCCAUCCAGCAGCAGCAC